AUGUCCCUCGUCAAGACCGAGCUGACCGCGACGGUGGUGCCCUCGUCGAUCUCGUCGUCGCCGGAACAUGACGAGCGCGUAGUCCAGAAUCGUCAGGUGCAAGGUGGCGUAGAACCACCGCCCUACGAACCCGAUGUUGUAGCCGUAGCCGUAGUCGAAGGCGGACGGUGGGUCGAUGAAGACCUCAUGGUCGUCGACGUGGUCGAGAGGCUACCGGAGCGACUCAAGCCGCCGCGCUUUGACGGGGGGUUUAGAAGCCCACUCUCGGGCUUCGAAGAGGACGGACUGCUGUCAGAUAGGAUCUAG